GAUUCUCAAUAGGUUUUUGCUGCUUUGAGUGGUCCAUCAGAAGAAGAACACACUUUGAUUCGUGGCGAGUGGGUCCUGGUCAUGAAACUGCCUAAGGAGACCCUGGGAGAUCAGCUCAGCAGGGAAGUUUUCACCAUAUGUUAAUGCGAAGAGUGAACAGUAAAUGGUUAAUCUUACUGCGAUCUGGUUCUUAUUAACUGGUUUAUCUCGACGUUAAAUUCGACGUUAUCAGUACACGCGAAGGAGAACGUUACAGUGAAAAAGCGGCAUUAUCAGGUGUUUCAAGUGCUGCAAUGUCAGCUCAAUCCACCAUCAAGUCGACGCCGCCCAGCGACAAGGGCGGUAAACCGACAUCAAGUAAGUCCACCCAGGCAAGAGCCAAGGCAGAAGCCGCCAAGGUGCGACUGCGUUACGCCAGACAAGAAGCAGUUUUGAAAAUGAAACAGGCCACCAGAGAAGCCGAAAUCCAGAAAGAAAAGGCUGCCAGAGAAGCCGAAGCGGCCGCCCGAGAAGCCGAAAUCCAGAAAGAAAAGGCUGCCAGAGAAGCCGAAGCGGCCGCCCGAGAAGCCGAAAUCCAGUUGGAAAUGGCAAAAAUAUCGACAGAGUUGCAAGUGCUGCAGCUAGAAAGAGAAGAAGAAGCUGCCAUGGCGGAAGCAAAGUACAUAGAAGAAGCUGAAGGGUCGCGUGAUCUGACCGCAGCAAGAUCUACUUUAGAAAGGACCAGACUGGAACGCACAAGCGACUAUGUACAAUCUCAAAUAGACAGGCAGGCUCGUCUCCCCUCUCCAUACGUAUUCGAUAACUUCCCCAGCUACGAGGAACCUCAGAGAGUCACGAUUGCAUCACAUCCAUACGAGGAAGGAAAUUUACCCUCACGGCUCCGUGAUGAAGUCAAGAAUGAAAGAACCGUCAACGCUCCUUCACCCCCACAACAGGACGGCGGGGAGGGAGAGGUUCACUCCAGGACAACAAUUGUCAGCUCGAACUGUACAGAAGUUUGCGGUCAAACUCAGUCAAGCCGUUCUUGUUCCAAGAUCUGCCUCACUGAGGUGUACCCUAAAGAAGCACAACAAGACAUUACCAAGCGUAAAGUAACCGACGAGACGCUAGGCCAGUCAGUUUUCGUUCAAACCGAGCACGGAAACAAACUUGCACAAUCAGCUCAAGAUACCAUUUCUUUAAAACCCAAAGACACCAAGGUCUUCAGAGAUGAAGCAAAUAAUGGGGUUGCCCCAUUGCCUUUCAGAGAACCACGCCAGCGCUCACCAGAUAACAAAGAGCAGGCAGUCAAACGGUUCACGUCCUUACGGAAAACCCAGAAAAGGAAACCUGAGAUGCAGAAACGCACCCGAUUGGCCCACGAGGUACUGUGCACCCUAAUGGCAGAGGUCACAGCCAUUAUGAACUCACGACCACUCCUGCCUGUGUCCUCUGACCCAGAAAACCCCUUCAUCCUUUCGCCAUCAAUGCUCCUUACACAGAAGGCAGGAGCACCUCCUCCACCAGGAGACUUUUCAGACAAGGAUUUGUACACAAAGCAAUGGAGACAAGUCCAGGCUCUGGCAAAUCAGUUCUGGCCUCGCUGGAGACAAAAAUAUCUACCUUUGUUGCAACAGAGACAAAAGUGGACAGAACCCCACAGGAAUCUUCAAGUUGGAGACUUAGUCCUGCUCAGGGACAAGCAAGCCACCCGCAACAGCUGGCCAACGGCCAGAAUCACUGCUACAUUCCCUAGCGAGGAUGGACAUGUCAGGAAGAUCGAAUUGAAGACUACCGACCAAGGCGAUGUGAAAAUUUACCAAAGGCCAGUUACAGAAGUUAUUCUACUUCUACCCAAUGACUGAUUAAGAGACUAAGUUUGUACUCUGCUCAUUGUGACCUUACGAAGGUCAAGCGGGGAGUGUGCUGUCUUUACGACAGUUAUUUAGUUUAUAAUAUUUUCGCUUAGUAAUUCAUUCAAUAGUAUUUUCUAGUUAGAAUUAGAAGUGUUUAAAGUAUAUUCAUUGCAUGUAAAAUAUAUCGGCAUGCGAUGACGUCACAUCCGGUUUCGCCGCGUCUUGUGGGAAAAUACCGGUUUGAAAUUAGCGCGAGCGUGGGGGCUUUCCACGAGGCUCACCUGAGCAGAAGUAGUUUUGCAGGCAUGAGAAAUCACAGUGAGAGCAACGCUGUAAGUUAAUAGAUAAUCGAUAUAUUGAACUAAGAUGUUAAUGCCGAUCCUGUUAGAAGUAACGACGGUAGAUAAUGUUUAUGCU